GCACACCGGCAGGUGAGGGGCAGUCGGGAUCAGCAAGAGGUGGGAGAAAGAUAUAUAAGAGGAAUCAGGAGUGUGUCUUAAUUUUUUUUUUACAGACUGUUGGACAAUACAAGCAGCGUUACUGGAGAUAACAGCAUCUGAGUAGGUCAAUUCCAUUCUUGCCUCUUCCCUUUGGCCUUUGUAGAACUCGGAUAAGGCAGGGGAAAUCAGUCUUUGAGUAGAGAAGUUGACCAUUAACCCCAACUAUUGAUUACAGCUCUCUCCCUCUUCUAACCAGCUCUGUACUGCACUGUGGACACCAAAGUUCAGUCACUGGUGGCAGAAGUACUACACCCUUGAACAAGAGGAGCCUUUCCCCUCCUCUGUAGUUUUGUUUUAUAAUCCUAUUUUAUUUAGCACUUUUAUUCUAAACUGCAAAAACCAUGGCAACCGCAGGGUAUGGAUACUACCGCACCACAAUUUUCCUGGCCAUGUUUGUGGGCUAUACACUGUACUACUUCAAUAGGAAGACCUUCUCCUUUGUGAUGCCCUCUCUCAUGCAAGAGAUCAAGCUGGACAAAGAUGACCUGGGCAUGAUCACUAGUAGCCAGUCUCUGGCCUAUGCUAUAAGCAAGUUCAUCAGCGGGGUGCUUUCGGAUCAGAUCAGCGCCCGCUGGCUCUUCUCCAUUGGCCUGUUCAUGGUUGGUGCCAUCAAUGUGGUCUUCUCCUGGUCCUCCACUGUGGCCGUUUUCUCUGGCCUCUGGUUCCUCAACGGCCUGGGCCAGGGCCUGGGGUGGCCCCCAUGUGGCAGGGUGUUGCGCAAGUGGUUUGAGCCCUCUCAGUUUGGGACCUGGUGGGCGAUUCUGUCCUGCAGUAUGAACCUGGCUGGGAGUUUAGGCCCCAUUAUUGCAACGUUGAUGGCCCAGAGCUACAGCUGGAGGACAACCCUGUCCAUCUCAGGCCUCUCCUGUUGUGUGGUCUCCUUCGUCUGCCUGCUUUUGAUCAGGAACGAGCCCAAAGACGUGGGCUUGCCCAACAUCGACGCUGGGGGGGCCAAGGGCAAAGCAGGCUCAUCCAUUGAUGAGACCACCUUCAAAGAGUUCAUCCUGUCCCCCUACCUGUGGCUGCUGUCUGUGGGCUACCUGGUGGUGUUCGGGGUGAAGACGGCCUGCACUGACUGGGGCCAGCUCUUCCUCAUCCAGGACAAGGGCCAGUCAACACUCAUGGGCAGUUCCUACAUGAGUGCCCUGGAGGUGGGAGGCCUUUUGGGCAGUUUAGCUGCAGGAUACUUCUCUGACAAGGCUGUGGCACUACAAGGCAUGAAAAGCCAUGGAAACCCCCGUCAUUUUCUCUUGAUCUCAAUGAUGGCUGGGAUGUUUGGUUCCAUGUAUCUAUUCCGGGUCACUGUCACGCCAGACAGCCCAAAGAUGUGGAUCCUCUUCUUGGGGGCUACAUUUGGCUUCUCAUCUUAUGGACCAAUAGCCUUGUUUGGCGUGAUAGCCAAUGAGAGUGCUCCUUCAAACUAUUGUGGAACGUCACAUGCUAUCGUUGCCCUAAUGGCCAACAUUGGUGGCUUCUGCUCUGGACUGCCGUUCAGCACCAUCGCCAAGCACCAUGGAUGGGAAAUGGCCUUCUGGGUAGCAGAGAUCACCUGUCUUGUCACUACCAUCAGCUUUUUCCUGCUGAGGAACAUCAGAACCAAGAUGGGUCACGUCCCCAAGAAGGCUGACUGAGCACUACACCUCAUAACUGUCUGCUGUCAAUGUGGGAAAUUUAGGAUAAGAAUGUACAUUCUUAUUUAUGAAGUGUUUUUGAUUUGAAAAAGGCUCAAUUGAAUUGACGGGAGACAUGGUCCUGUAUAUUCUUGUUUUAAGAGAUGGUGAGACAUGGAGUUGAGCGAGGGAUUAUUUAUUUUCACUGAAGAUGUAUUCAGACAAUGUUCAGAUGCAAGUACAUCAACCAUGUUGUGUUACUUAAAUCUAUUUUCAAUGCUCAUGGCAUAAAAUAGAUCCUAGAUUCACAUAUUGAAAAUGUGUCAGUUUGAUUUUAAUUUAAUCAUUUGAAACCAAGACACUUUAUGGUCAAAUGUUCUGUUCACUUUUUUUUAAUGGCACUGAACACGUCUUCUUAUAUGGGUGUAAUCUGUUUGAAUAGACAAGACUUGAAUAAAAUACCUUAUGUUGUG